AGUUGUGGCGCUCACCAUGCUCCCGUGACCGGGAACUGACAAGUUCAAUUUUAAAUCGCGGGCCUCUUGGAAUCAUGACUCCCACAAUGCCUUGGGUACUCGGUCGGCAGUCGGGCUGCCUCUGAAAAAAAUGUGAGAGGUUGGUACUAAGAAGUGCCUUUCCUGACGUCUCUGCUGCUUGGACCCGCUUCUAGAGCAGUCUCUGCUUUUGCCUUGCUUGCUGCCAGCUAGACUGUGACGACAGCACAUCCACCCUCCACCUCUAGCCCAGACACCCCCAUUUCUACUUAUAAUCAAGACAAAAGCUCUAAGUAUCUGGCAUUGCCCUAGGCUGCUUUAGUUUUAAAAGAAAAGUUUGCUGAAAAAGUAAGAUCUCUUCUGCCAGGAAAUCAAGGAGGAAAAAAAAAUCAUUUUCUCGAUUUGCUCUAAACUGCUUCAUCUGUCUAUGCCAAACUAAUCAAUACCGAUUGCACCACCAAACUCCAUUGCAAAUUCAGCUGUGAGGAGAUUCCCUUUCAGACAACUUUGCUGAAAGCAGCUUGGAAAUUCGGUGUCAGAGGGUCUGCCACGUUUUCAUGCUUGCAUUUUGGGCUCCAAAUUGGCACUGGGAAGGGGUUACUGAGAGCACAAGGCUGAUUCGAGGCCCUACUUUUAAACAUUCAUCUACUUACGAGUCUAGUAUUUCUCUAAAAACCAAAACCUCUUUGAAUUAACAGUUUCAUGCUGUGAAUUUCUAGUGGGAGAUCUUUUCCUUGAUAUUGACAACAAAAUUUUCCAUGUACUUUUAAAGCAGGGAGUGGGGAAAAAAGUAUUUUGGAGGGGACAUUUUCACCAUCAUUUUACAGUUUUAUCAGUUCAGCUUUUUUUGGGGGGGGGGGUUGUUGUUGCUGUUUUUUUUUGUUUUUUUUUUUUUUGUGGGGGGGUUGGGUUUGUUGGUUUCACUGAAAAAUUUAACUACCUGUAAAAUCUAAACAUGGCUGUUAGUGUCACACCAAUUCGGGACACAAAAUGGCUAACACUGGAAGUAUGUAGAGAGUUCCAAAGGGGGACUUGCUCACGGCCAGACACGGAAUGUAAAUUUGCACAUCCUUCGAAAAGCUGCCAAGUUGAAAAUGGACGAGUAAUCGCCUGCUUUGAUUCAUUGAAAGGUCGUUGUUCCAGGGAGAACUGCAAAUAUCUUCAUCCACCCCCACACUUAAAAACCCAAUUGGAGAUAAAUGGGCGCAAUAACUUGAUUCAGCAGAAGAACAUGGCCAUGUUGGCCCAGCAAAUGCAACUAGCCAAUGCCAUGAUGCCCGGUGCCCCAUUACAACCCGUGCCAAUGUUUUCAGUUGCACCAAGCUUAGCCACCAAUGCAUCAGCAGCCUUUAAUCCCUACCUGGGUCCUGUGUCCCCAAGCCUGGUUCCAGCAGAGAUCUUGCCGACCGCACCAAUGUUGGUGACAGGGAAUCCUGGGGUCCCUGUACCUGCGGCUGCAGCAGCUGCCGCACAGAAAUUAAUGCGGACAGACAGACUUGAGGUAUGUCGAGAGUACCAGCGAGGCAAUUGCAACAGAGGAGAAAACGAUUGUCGGUUUGCUCAUCCUGCUGACAGCACAAUGAUUGACACCAACGACAACACAGUCACCGUGUGUAUGGAUUACAUCAAAGGGAGAUGCUCCCGGGAAAAGUGCAAAUACUUUCAUCCUCCCGCACAUCUGCAAGCCAAGAUCAAGGCUGCCCAAUACCAGGUCAACCAGGCUGCAGCGGCUCAGGCUGCAGCCACCGCAGCUGCCAUGACUCAGUCGGCUGUCAAAUCACUGAAGCGACCCCUCGAGGCAACCUUUGACCUGGGAAUUCCUCAAGCUGUACUUCCCCCAUUACCAAAGAGGCCUGCUCUUGAAAAAACCAACGGUGCCACCGCAGUCUUUAACACUGGUAUUUUCCAGUACCAACAGGCUCUAGCCAACAUGCAGUUGCAACAACAUACAGCAUUUCUCCCACCAGCUAUUUUAUGAUACUUUCCUGCUGUAAGACCCCUUUGCCUUCAUGAUUCCAUAGAGUAAAUUUGAAUUUGAUGAAAUGACCCUUCCAGUUUUGAUUUUUAUUGUUCAGCCUUUUUGUUUUUGAGGUAGAGAAUAAACAAAACUGGCUCUGUGUUCCAGAGCUCAUAAAGAGUACUCUUAUUGGUACCAAUCAGUAGAUUGCCUAAAAUCAUUUGCUCCUGAGCUAAUAUUGAAAUAGUCCUAAGUGCCCAGGGAAGUUUACAUCUACUAUUGAGUUACCCAUUUGUGAUUUCAGUUGAUUUCAACUUAGUCACAUAAACAUACUCUAGAGCUCUCCACAAGGGUAUAAAAUUUAGAAACAUUAAUCGUCAUUUAAUUACUCAAAAAUUUAUUAUUUUUGCUCUUCAUGCAGAGGAAGAAAUACAUAUUAAACUUACUAGAAUCUGGAAAAAAACAUAUUAUCUCAGAAAAUACACAUUAAACUUAUCAUCUGGAAUUCAACUAGCCAGAGACUCUAAUCCCAUUUUCCUCUUUCCCUCUUAACCUUUCUAAAAUACUUACCAUGGCUUCAGAGACUUAUUUAAUAAGAUGAUUUUAUCUUACUAAUUAAUAAAUUAAUGAUGAGGUGUGUAGGUCAGAGGUCCAGCAUCAUUAAUAUAUUACUCUAUAUUGACAGUAUUUAAAUGCAUUAGGUUCAUAAUGCCAUGAGGGCAUGUGAUCAUUUAUUUUUUUAAUCAUGAACAAAAGAAUAAAUUAUAUUCACAUUAGUUUUUACUACAAACCACAACUUUUUAUAUAGUGCAGCUCUGAAAGCUGGCCAUCCAUACGUAGAAUCUGUAGCAGCAUUCAAUGAAUUGGAAUAUCAGGAGUGUUCUAUGAAUUAGACUAACAUGUGCCUUAGGCACCAUGGAUAAAAUAUUAGUACUCAUGAAAUAGGAUCUAUCAAAAUGCAGAUUGUCCAUUUUAGAAUACAAAUUAAAUCCUUUUGAUCUGUAAGGUACUUAUUGCAUUCGGAGGAGAAAAUCUCUCUUAUAUUUUAUAUGUUUCUCUUACCUUUUAUAAGAUUAAAACUUUUUUCUCAAAGUACAUAGGUUUCUGGAGAUUCCCAGAAUUUAAUCUUUUGGCUUUCAUAUAAAUUGCCAUGCCCCUAGAUUUAUGCCAUCUUCAAUAAAUAAUCUGUCAGUUUUUCUAUAGUCAGAUCACUAAACAAAGUUUAAAGAGUUGGUAGGUAACUACCAUAAUCUCUUUGAAGAAAUUAAAGAUUAUCUUUAUCAGUUUAUUUUCAAGGAAUGAAGCAUUGCCAUUCAAAGUGAAUGUCUUUAAAAUCUAAAAAUAAAAAAAAUCUAACUUAUUCCAUGUAUUAUUUAAGGAAAUCUAACAUUUCUGUCUUAUUAAGUGAGUUUUAUGUUACUUUCUCCAACAACAUUCUAAUGACUAAGGACUUUUCUAAAUAAGCUUAACCAUUAACUGCAUUAUACAAUGAUAUUUAUGACAGUAGUCUCUCCCUAGAAAGGUUUUAGUCUGUGGAUAAGACAGAGAAAGAAAGAUGCUAGGUAAGAAUCAAGUCAGGGGUAGAACAAUAAAUACAUUCAUAAUUCAAAAUCAUACUUAUCUCUCUGUUGAGAAGCUAAGCGUUGUUAAUUUAAAAAAAAGUGUCACACUAUAUUGAAAUGUGCUGAAAAUAUGAAGACAUAUUUGCAUUUUUGAUGAAUUUUGCAUCAGAGAUAUUUUGUAUUCUGUUCUUGAUAUUUUAACAAAUACAUGAAAUUAUUGCAAUAGUAAUAUAAAGUUACACUUAUUUGUAACCCAGUUUUAAGGGGCUUAACUUUUAUUAAUCACAUAAUAAGAAGUAGGUAAUACCUUCAUCAUUCUUUUAAACUAUUGUCAUUAUUUGUCAUACGUGCUUGAGUACAAAAAAAUUGGCUCUACGACAUUAAAAGGUUAAAACGGAGAGCCCAUCUUUACUUCUGCCCAACCACUUUGUCAGAUAGCCAGAAGGGAAAGAAAUGUAAUGCAGAGAAUGUAAACUAAAAUGCCUCAGGGGCCAGGCAGGAAAUAUAAACAAAUGGAACAAGAAAUAAAUUAGGAACUGUGGGGUCUGGGAGGCACUGGGAAGCACAGGCUCAAUCUAAAAGUGAAUGUUUUGACUUAGCCUUUAAUUGCCUCAGAGGAAUAUCUGCCUGGCAGGUUGUACCUGUUGUACACUGCACAUCCUUUGCGGCUCCAUUUACAUUGUAGCGUAGUUGUGCCUCUGCCUCCGGUGGUUGGUUGUGCAAGCCUGCACAAUCUAAUGUAGUCACCCUGAUGUCCAGGAUUACCAGAUCUUGUGAGUUUUCUUUUCCAGUUAUUCACCUCAUUUGGAUGUUUAUAUGUGACAUUUCUAAAUUUAAAAAAUUUUUCCAACUAUUUCAGUUUUUUAAAAGCUUGUUAGGAACUACAGGAAAUCCAUCCUACCACAAAUCCCUACUAUCUCAUAUAUAAUACCUGGGAGAAAAGGAAGUUUUUUUUUUUUUUUUCCAAAAACUACAUUAUUCUGCAGACAUACAGAUGAAUUAUAUGAUCAGAGCAUCCUAACUGCCCACAGUAUAAAAAUCUGGAAGGUAUAUUUUGGAGGCUGUAUUGGAACUGGAAAGAAAAUAGAAGUUAUUUAUUUUUUGCUGUUUAGAGUUUUAGAGCCCUGUAGUCUCUUGCUUCAGUAAUAACUUCAGGGGUAUGUAGGUCUAUUUCGUUGAAGUUACAGUGCAGCAUAGUUGCCUAAGUCAUUAGAGGAGGUGACCAUGGGUACAGACUAGGUUGCCGGCAAAAGAUCGGGGUUCAGCGGCAAGCCAGGUAGCUGGAUAAAAAAAUUACUGUAUUUCAUAACUUUUAACAACAGAAUUGGACCAAAUGGCACGUACACAUCUUUUAUCCCUCCCUGCACGCAUGCAUCCGUCCAUUUAUCCAUCUAUCCUUCUGACCAUCUAUCUCUUCUUCCCUCUUCUACCCCUUCCCUCCCUUCCUCUUUUCAUUCCCUCUUUUCCACCCACUCAGCCACCCACCCAGCCACCCACCCAUCCAUCCAUCCAUCCAUCCAUCCAUUCAUUGAAUCAGUGCCACGUGGCGUACCAGUACUGACACUAGGGAUUAUAAAUUUAUAACCCAGGAGCUAAAGCUAGAAUUAAGAAAUAUUUGUUUAGCAGUGUUUUUAGUAUUUAGUGUUUAUUAGUUUAAAUAAAGACAUAAUGUUAAUCCUUUGGAAGGUCUACAUGCUCUCCAGUUCCAAGCCCUAGGGCUCUCCCGGGCCUCUGGCCCAGCUGUUUCACAUAUUUUGUUCAAAAGAGCUACCUUUAUUGAGUGUUUGCUCUGUGCCAUACUACACUGGUUACGUUAUAUACAUUAUCUCAUUUGUUUUCACAACAACCCUGAAAGGUUAGUAUUAGUAGUCCCAUUUUACCAAUGAGUAAUUUGGGACCUAGAGAGGCCCACUGAUUUGCUCCAAGUUGCAUGGCUUGUAAGAUUUAGCUAGAACUUGAAAUCGGGUCAGGUGGGUUUCAGUCAGUCUCUGAACAUCUAUGAGCUCUUUACAUGAAGUCCUAAAAAAUGAUGUGGCCUAAGAGAUGAACUAGGCCUUUUUGACAACCUGAGUCCAUGACUGGAGUUCUGUACCCUCCAUGUCACUUAAAAAAAAUGCAGAUAGUAGAUUAAGUUCACAUUCAAGUUUCUUUCCUUUUUUUUUUUUUUUAAGUUUUAGAUACGUACUACUUUUUUUUUUUUUUUUUUAAUCUUCACCUUUUAAGACUAAAUUAUUAGUACAUGCGUAAUCUAGGGUCUACUUAUGUUGUAGCUAUGAGUUUCACCCCCGAGAUUAGAGUAGGUGAGAAAUACACUGCUAUGUACAUCAGUUGUUUAUUUUCUUGGAUUGAAAUUCGGUCCACUUCUAAAUUUCUAAGCUCACCCUCUUGGAUAGAAAUACCAGACAUUGCUAGGAUUCCAGGACUCCCUCCUCCCCUCCCUUUCCUCCUAUCUUCACCCUCAGAGAGAGGUCCUGUGUGGUCCAGUAGGGUAGACAGGCUGCCCAUUCUCCAUCUUUAGCCAGCACUGGUCCCUGCUGGUGUGAUUCUUGCCUGAUCUUCCGGGGUCUCAGCGAGGCAGGCACUCCAGAGUUCCUGGGGCUGCCUUGGGUACAGGUGUGCCUGCCUGGGCUCCUUAGCCUCAUAAGCAGCCCUUUCCUUUGACAGCCCGUGCCUGCAGGUUGGUUGUGGAAGAACAGGCUGUGUGCCCAGCUCCUCACGACCCUGCAGACUCCCUUCCUCUGUAUCUUGAAUUUUUCUCCCCAUUCUUCCUCACCAUUUUUGUUUACUUGCUGUCCUCUGAAGACCACCCCUCUUCUCUCCUCAUAGGAUACUCCCCUCAGUGUGGGCUUGUGGUUUAAGACCAUCUAAAAAUAGUGUGCUUUAAGCAACUUCAGUUUUGGCCUGUGCUGUGGCUUACUGUAGAGAAACAGAAGGCUAGGAAAUUUUCUUUGGGGGCGGGGAAUGGGAAUGAGAGGGGAGGUGCAGGGGCAUGAAAACAAAACAAAACAAAAUUUCCCAGCUUGUCACUUUUAUUGUAAUUAAUGAAAUUAAUGCAGAUGGCUUACUUGAAACUCAGGGUAGUGAUUAGAGAUCAAGCUUGGGAAUUUAAAUCUGGCUCCACCACAAGUUAUAAUCUCUCUUUAUGCCUUGUUUUUUUCAUCAAUAAAAUGGGGAUACCAAUGGUAAUCAUUUCAUAAGAUUGUGUUUAAAGGAGUGUUAAGCAAUUUCAGAAAACAAUUUCUCAAAGCACUUUCAUAGGCAGUUCUAAGAGUUUAGAAUAAAGCCUGGAAGGUAGGAAGCACUAGGUUUUAUUUGUGAUUUCUUGAAGUCAGUGGUACAAUCGAAUAGAAUUCUAAACACUGAAUAGAAAUAGAAGUAAACUGUAUGAAGCUGUUGCUGUUUCGGAUAUCAAUUUUGAGACUAAUUCAGUUGAUUGUGAACUUUCAGCCCUAAAGGACACAAAUUUAGUCCUAAAUGAUACAAAUUUUAGAAGACCUUAAAUCAGCUUUCUACUUCUAACCAUACAUAGGCUUACAUUAUUACAUCCAAAUUCAAACCUCCAGCCAAAUCUCUAUUAAAAUCCUUCCCUUCUCCAUGAAGUAUUUUUAACUUGUGCAAACAUUGCAUUUGUAAAUUACCUUCCUACUUGUUUUUCCUGCAUCUUCAAACAGUAAUGCAUUUCUCAGGAACACAUCCUUCUGCUAUGCAAAUAUCUUCAUAGGGGAAAUUUGAAAUUGACAAACACAUUCACUUAAAAUUUACCUUGUGUGGAAAAUUUAAAAAAUUUCAAUUGGCUCUUUGUGCAUCAUUGUUAAUAAAUCAACUCACUUGAUGUAAAGAUGGAUAUUAUGGUCAUUUCAAAGUGAUUUUUGGUUUUGGUAAGUGGGUCCUACAGCAUUAUGUCUUCAUUUUUGUGAGUUAUUGCACCUGGCUAGUAUUUUCAUUGCUGCCUUAUGUUUAUUUGCUGCAAAUCCCUCUCAAAACUGUGUGCACUGGUUAUAGUGGUAACGAGGAAGAUAACUUAGACUAAAAUUCAGAUCACAGAAGCUUUAAAGAGACAGGAGAGUUAACUCAUUUUCGGCAUGUGCAGGCUAAAUUAUGCAUGGGAUGAAAUAUAAUGGACAAAGUGCCGCAUAACAAUAAACAGUAAAUUUAAAACAUACAACCUGUACAGUACUUAAGCUGGCUCUAAUAUUCCUGGAAUACCACAUUACUGUUUUUCAUUCAUCUUCUCAUCCUCUCUUUUCCCAGUCCCCUUGCCCCCACCUUGAGAGGAUAAUGUCGUCCCAGGAUCUAGACCCAGGAUUAAAUUUCACUUGUUCUACUGUCUCCAGUUAACGUCUUUGUUAUUACUGAUCUGUUUUUGUUGUUGUCUCUCACAAGUCUUUGAUGCGGUAGUAGCAGCAAAUGAUAGAGAUCUUCCAGUGUCUCCCCCCGCCCCCCACAAAAAAUGCCUGUCCGGGUAAUAUCACUCCACCUGAGAGGAUGCCUCCCCAGCUCCUUGACCUUGACCGAGCUGGAUCACUGAUCCUUGGGCCCACGGUCUGAUUGUGAUAACAGACUAAUUGCAGCUGUUACAGGGAAGCCAGCCCAGUGUUUCUCAAUGGCAGCUUUGUUUUAUAGAGCCAUCUCUGACAAGACUCAACUGGCAGAUAUUUUUCUAACAAAUGUUCAUCCCAGAUGCCGCUAGUGUUUAGAUAGGCUGUGCCAAGAUUUAGAUAGAAAUAUAAAAUCAUUUGAUAUUUUAAAACCUAGAAAUCUAAAAUAAUCUCAUAGAAAGAACAGUUGUUCUUUAUGUGGGGAAGGGCCCUGUACUCGGGAGAAAAAAAUUACAUUUUGUACUGUUUAUAUGUAGAAGAGAACAGGGACUAUAUACGUAACAUCUUAACACUGUGGUUGGAACAAUUGAAACAUCACUCUUAAGCCCCCAUAUGGGAUGGAUAGAUCUUCAUUAUCUCCCAUUCAGGGUUUUCAUUGAAGCCUAUUCAACGAUUUUUUUUGUAUGCACAAUUUUGUAGAACAGUUGCUUUUCUAAGAAGUCCUGAAGGUCUAACCCAGCAGUGAAAACCAGUCUGUUUUCCCAGAUACCUUUAAGCAAACCACUUUGAGACAUAGAAGUAGAGCCCCUCUAAAUGUUUUUUCUAGAUUUAAAUUCCAAACAAAGGCAAGGCUGAAGUUUCACUUUCUCUUUAUGCAUAAUUUAUUGCCUGGUACCCCUCCCGUAGGGAUGGAUGGUCACCGCCCCUUCCCUGUCUGUGUGGUUGCCGCUACGGUGAACAGGGAAAUAAAACCAAGGGAAUGAAAAUGAACGUUUUGGUUUUAUUACGUUGUUAAGCCAGUUCUGUGCAUUGGGUUACCUAGCAUUUUAAUAAUAAAUAACUUCUCUAAUUAUUUAACAUGUGCGCAAUAUAAAGAAAAUGUUAAUGCAGUCCUAUGUUAAAGUCAGAAAUAGCAAAGCCGCCAGAUGGCUAGUAAGCAGAGUAAAAACAAAACAAAUUACGAUACGAUUUUUAAAAGAACGAAGCAAGUUCCAACUUCUCCCAGCAUACGUUUAUUUAUAGGCAGCGAUGAGGAGAAACAAAGUGUACCAGCACACAGUUAAACUGGCUUUUAUUCUUCACUCGAGACUAGUUCUAAUUGAUCACUGUGCUAUUGUAUGAUUUGAUUGUGCUGACAGUUACAUGCCACUGUUCCCAUAAUAACAAUUUUUCUUCUUUGUUCAAAUGAAUUUCCUAAUUACACGUGUGAUGGGAUGUUUUAAUUCUUUUCCCUUUUCAAAUCCACCUUCCUGUUGCAAUGCAUGAU